UUCCAAUGUAUUUCUUCACAUGCUGUUGCGAAAUAUCUGAUUAAAAAUGGACGACGACAUCACAUCUAUGAAAUAACCGUCCCGAAUUUAAACCCUUCUCCCAUCCUCUCCUUUUCGUACAAGCCUUUCUAGAAUUGUGAACGAGACAAGUUGGGAAAACUGUAAAUUAGAAUACACGUCGGUGUCCAUCCAUGCAUGCAUGCCUACCUUCUGUUGUCUUGGUUUCGGUAGUUGUCAAGACCUCUGCACUCCACCAUUUUUUUGACCAAGUUUUAUAGGCCACAAUUUGCCUUCCCCGCCCAACAAAAACAAGAACAACCCAAAAAUAUAUAUAGUGAUUACUAAUAAUAUCAUCAAUAUUACAGCACACAUUUGUGGCCACACGUAAAUGAAACAGUAUGCGUAACUAAGCUAACAAGUUACACUGCUAGCUCGAUCCUUUCCUUCAUAUCAUAUUGCCUAUAAAUAAUGGAGCUUCGUUGGUCACUUAUACUUAAAACAGUAUACGAGAGACACCAAAAACAAGAUGGGAGAGAUGGAGGAGAAAGGCAGUCAUGCUACGAGGAAAAAGGGAGGCUUGCUCACUAUGCCCUUCAUCUUUGCUAAUGAGUUUUGUGAGAAGUUGGCUGUGGUGGGAGUCGAAGCAAAUAUGAUGACCUAUUUGACAACGCAGCUUCAUAUGCCCUUGACAAAAGCAGCCAACACCCUCACCACCAUUAGUGGCACUGCAAGCUUGACCCCCUUGCUUGGCGCCUUCGUUGCUGAUGCUUAUGUUGGCCGCUUCUGGACUAUCACCAUUGCCUCCAUUAUAUAUCAAAUUGGAAUGAUUGGCCUAACAGUAUCAGCAGCACUUCCACAACUGAGACCUCCCCCAUGCAACCACGAUCGAGUGUGCGAAGAAGCCGAUGGGGGGCAGCUAGCAUUUAUGUAUGUCUCCCUCUUACUAGGUGCACUCGGGUCGGGCGGAAUCCGACCCUGUGUCGUGUCAUUCGGGGCGGAACAGUUCGACGAGAAUGACGAAAAACAAACCACCAAGACGUGGAACUACUUCAACUGGUACUACUUUGUGAUGGGGGCAUCAGUACUAGUGGCUAUCACUGUGCUUGUGUAUAUUCAAGACAACGUUGGAUGGGGUUUGGGACUUGGAAUUCCAGCUAUAGCCAUGUUUCUCUCAGUUAUUGUGUUUGUGAUCGGGUACCCGCUUUACCGGAACUUGGAUCCUGCGGGGAGUCCGUUUACCAGGUUGAUACAAGUGGCGGUGGCUGCCUACAAGAAGAGAAAGCUGCCUAUGGUGUCUGAUCCUAGAAUGUUGUAUCAGAAUGAUGAACUUGACGGUCCCAUUUCUAUGGGUGGAAAGCUUCUUCACACUAAGCAUAUGAAAUUUCUUGACAAGGCAGCGAUCACAAUGGAGGAAGACAAUCUCAAGGCACCAAACCUAUGGAGGACCAGCACCGUUCAUCGCGUCGAAGAACUGAAAUGCGUGAUCAGAAUGGGACCUAUAUGGGGAUCAGGAAUACUCCUCAUCACAGCCUAUGCCCAACAAGGCACAUUCUCACUCCAACAAGCCAAAACCAUGGACAGGCACCUCACAAAGUCCUUUGAAAUCCCUGCAGGCUCCAUGUCAGUCUUCACCGUAGUCACUAUGCUCGCCACAAUCGCAUUGUACGACCGCCUCUUCAUUCCGGUGGCUAGAAAGUUCACCGGGCUAGACCGGGGAAUAACAUUCCUCCACAGAAUGGGAAUAGGGUUUGUCAUUUCGGUAUUUGCCACAUUGGUCGCCGGGUUUGUCGAAAUGAAGCGAAAAAAGGCGGCUUUUGCACACGGGUUGAUCGAUCAUCCCCAUGACAUAAUCCCCAUUUCAGUGUUUUGGUUAGUUCCUCAGUAUGCCCUUCAUGGGAUGGCUGAAGCAUUCAUGUCAAUUGGGCAGCUCGAGUUUUUCUAUGAUCAGGCGCCGGAGAGCAUGAGAAGCACAGCUGCCGCGCUGUUUUGGACCUCCACCUCGGCCGGGAACUAUGCGAGCACUCUUUUGGUGUCACUGGUGCACAAGUUUAGUGCUGGUCCUAAUGGAUCGAACUGGCUGCCGGAUAAUAGUUUGAACAAAGGGAAGUUGGAGCACUUCUAUUGGUUUAUCACGUUAUUACAAGUUGUUAAUCUUAUUUACUACAUAUUUUGUGCCAAAUUGUAUACGUUUAAGCCGAUUCAGGUCGUAAAGAAAGAAGGUGCCGAGCAUGGGGAAAAGUGGGCCUUGCUAAUCAAGUCCGGCCCUGAGAACUUGGGGGCUCUACGCCAGCUUUCGAAAUGA